UGACGAAGGAGCACUUCAACGACUUUAUGAGCGAGAUUAACAAGCGAAUAUUGAGUCUGGUGCAGUCGCUGAUAGUGACGGAGAAGCUGGGUGGCAUCCUGAUCAUAGACGAGUUCAUGGAUAUCGACGGCGAAGAUAAUGGUACCAAGAUUGACCGCGCAAACUACUUGCGUGCGGCACUGGGGGGUAUCAAUGACCAAGACAUCAUGAAGAGCGCCUGCAAGGCACUGGGGCAUGUGGUGUUGCUAGGAGAUAGCACCCACUUCAACGAUUUCGUCGAUUUUGAGGUAA